CACCUGUCCCCCCCGAUGAGCGCUGCAAACAUGGAGGUGAGAUGGUUCCGAUCUCAGUUUGUAUCCUUUGUGCACCUGUAUCGCGAUGGGAAGGAUCAGUAUGAAGGGCAGAUACCAGAGUAUCAGAGAAGAACGGAGCUUUUGAAAGCCGGACUCACAGAUGGAAACGUUCCAUUGAGGAUUCUCAAUGUCACACUCUCUGAUGAAGGACUAUACCUCUGUUUUAUUCAAGACGAUACUUUUUAUGAACAAACAGUAUUGGAACUGCGGGUAGCAGGUCUGGGCUCUGCUCCUCUCAUCUCUGUUGAGGGUCACCAGGAUGGAGGGAUCCGGGUGGUUUGUCGAUCAGCUGGUUGGUACCCAGAGCCUGAGGUGCUGUGGAAAGAUCUCAAUGGACGACAUUUACCAUCACUCUCUGAAACAAAAUCCCCAGGGGAUAACAACCUGUUUAAAACAGAAACUGCUCUCAUUGUAACAGAACAUUCAAACCAAAACUUGUCCUGUUGCAUCAGGAACACCGUUCUCAAUCAAGAAAAGGAAUCAGCAGUUUAUAUAGCAGAUCCAUUUUUCCCGAGGGUGAAUUCCUGGAUGGUGGCACUGAGUGUGAUCCUGGUGGUUUUGUUUGGUUUCAUUGCCCUCACAGUUUAUCUCUUUAAAAUGAAAGGGAAACUUACUGAAGAAGUUGAUGACCGAGAUAAAGAAAUAAACAAACGAGAUAAAGAAAUAAACCUACGAGAUAAAGAAAUAAGCAGAUUACAUACAGAAAUUGACAAACGAGAUAACGAAAUAAAGUGGAGAAGAUCUGUGGCACCUAUAGAAAAAGUGAAUGUGUCUCUGGAUCCAGAGACGGCUCAUCCCAAACUUGAGCUCUCUAAGGAUCGGAAAAGUGUGUCAUGUGGAGACGUACGGCAGGAUUUGCCAGACAACCCUGAGAGAUUUGACAUUGAGCCCUGUGUGCUGGGCUGUGAUGGAUUCACCUCGGGGAGACAUUGCUGGGAGGUGGAGGUGGGGGGUGCGGGAGGCUGGGCUGUGGGGGUGGCCAAAGAGUCUGUGAGGAGGAAGGGGGGGAUCAUCCAUAGCACUGAGGAGGGGAUCUGGGCUGUGCAGUGGUCCUGGGGGGGUCAGUUCCAGGCUCUCACCUCCCCAGUGACCUCCUUGCCCCAACGCCAGGCCCCCAGCAGGAUCCGGGUUUGUCUGGACUGUGACUGGGGGCAGGUGACAUUGUUCGAUGCUGGUCACGAGGCCCCGAUCUUCACUUUCCCGCCGGGCUCCAUCCCUGGGGAGAGAAUCCGACCCUGGAUCUGGCUGGGGUGGGGAUCCUGGUUCAGACUGUGUCCCUGAGACUGGGGACCCUGAAAUUAGCAUCUCUAGUCUCACACGUCCCAGUCUCUCUGACUCUGGAGGACUCCGAUCCUGGUACUGAUAACUAGUUGCCACACAUUCCAUUCUUUCCAUCUAGCCUGUGGGGUUAAUUAAAGUUUAAACAUGGAAGCGGU